AUGGACAUCCAUUUCGUAAUCGACGACAUCUUUUCAAACUUUGACCGGGGUUACGAGAGAAUUAUCGCCGACAUUACACUUCAAGAUAACGCCUCCACGUCAGUGGCACAAAUUAGGCUUGAAGUGGAAACUGACUUAGCACCUUUAACAGCACAACUUCUCGCUGAGAUCGACUCUAACCACACCGAAAUGGAUCAACUGAGAGAGAGGAUCGCUCAAUUAGAGCAAGCAGGGAGGUCAAAAGAUGAUGAAAUAAAUCGGCUCUCUGCGGAAAACAACCGUCUUACCAACGAACUUGGUGGAGAAAGAGAUGAAAAAACUCGUCUUGCAGCUCAAAAUACAGAGUUGGCUUCGAUAAACAACCAACAUCGUAACAAGAUUAGUGAGACCCGGCUACAGAAUCAGAUGGAAGCCAACUGA